AAUCACAACACAAUAACAUCCACCACAAAGCUAAUUAAGCUAGUCGUAACAAACAAGCUAAUAUAUGUCCACUGAACCAUAUUAAUUCCAGUGAUUAAUCUCUUCUCCAUCUCUGCCCUGCACCCUCGCCUCUGUUCGACAGGAUGCCACCGUCGCCGCCGCUGCAGCUCGUCGCCCUGCUCCUCCUCUCUCUGCUCCUCCGAUCCGCCACCGCGGCCGAGUACACCGUCGGCGAUGGCCCCUGGGACACCGGCACCAACUACGCCACCUGGUCCGACAAGCACGCCUUCCUCGCCGGCGACAUCCUAGUGUUCCAGUACGUGAGGAGCCAGCACAACGUGCUCCAGGUGACGGAGGCCACCUACCGGUCGUGCGACACCGGCGGCGGCGGCGUCGCCGGCGUGAUCAAGAGCUACGACACCGGCUACGACAGGGUGCAGCUCACGGAGCCUAACGCCACCUACUGGUUCAUCUGCGACUUCCCCGGCCACUGCCUCGGAGGGAUGAGGCUCGCCGUCAAAGUCGCCGCCGCCGCCGCCGGUGGCGGCGGCGGCGGCGAGGGAGCCCGCCGCCCAGCGGCGUCCCCUUGCAUCCGCCGGCCGCCAGCGGCGCGGGGCGGAGCCAAUGGCCGGCGUGGGGGUUGACUCUCGCCGUCCUCCUCGUCGUCUUCCAUUAUUGUAUUAUUAUUUUUUGAGCUUGAUGGUUUUGUUUUUUUCCGGAGAAAAUUUAGAGACUUUGUUCGUUUGAUUUGGGUGGGUUGAUUUGUUCAACGAAUUGUUCCCUACAAGCUGGUGAUUCAACUGGUAAACAAAAUAAUUAACUAUUGUCCAAUUGAUUGAUUUUUAAA